AUGGGUGAGCUUGUAAAUGCUGCAAGAACAUUAGGUGAAACAGGAAAUUUUGUAGAUGGUUUUAAAAGACUUGUUUCAAAUGUUUUAACAAACACAAAGAAAUUAUUUAGAUAUACCGUACAUAACGGACGGAUUUUCGAACAGAUAGCAACAAACCCUCCGGUUAUGGCUGCGUUGAUGAUGGUUAGAGAUAUAAAACCACGUAACGACGGGAACGAAGAACAUGAACAACAGGAUACUGGUCGGGUUAUUCGAGACAUUAAAAACGUGUAUCCUGAAGUUAUUGAUUUAUUUAGAGGAGUUAAUGAUUCAAUUUCAAAACAUUCUAUAACCCUCGAUGAAGAGAAUAAAUUAACAGAUUAUAUAUUCGUCAUUAUUGCAGAAUUAAUGAAGAGAAUAAAUGAAAAAGGAAUUGGUGAUAUCAUUAAUGUCAGCGAUGUAAUGAUGAAAAGAAAUUUUGACUCAUUAUUUACAAAACCGAAAACAGAAUAUA